AGAGAGGCUGGCUGAGGGAGGCGCCUCUGGGCCACUGACGUCCGCUUCACUCGUAGUUUGAUUUGUCAACAGAGAGCUGGGCGUCCUCGCCCGUCACACAAAACGGUACAGAGUACCGUACAGAGUAGAAGCGCUUGAGAGGGGAUACAUCACAGAUAUGUCGGAUGACAAGGACCAAGUAGCAUUUUUCGUGGUCGAUUUGGACCUCUAGAUUUAUUUAACCGAACGUAGUGGUUUGCUUUACUUGCAUCGUAUUACUUUCACUACAUAAAGUCCGCAUUGGCGCGAGAUCAAGGAUCGCGAGGAUGCGAUGAGGAGGAAAAAGUCUUCGAGCUGGAAUAUUUCCGCUGGACGGAUACGUUGAUGUAGUUUAGUAAAUGUGUCCAAAAUGGGGAAAAAAAAAACGCCAUGGAAGCGCGUGUAUUUAGAGUAACUGCGGCUUGUAGUUUCUAAUUAAAUUAAAGGAGCUGUUUUCCCGCUACACCUGCCUUUUAAUUACACUGCAGACUAGUGGAUAGACUUGCUGAUGCCAACAACGCCAGAUUGCCUAUAUGGCAGGAUCAUGAAGUUUUUGACGUUUUUCCUUUUGCUUCCAGAAACCUUAAAAAGGACUAGAAAGAGUGGGAAACAGCUCAACAAGCUGCCAGUAUGCUAUGAAAUCGUGACUUUGUCCUUGAGGAAGAAGAUGGCUGCUGAACUCUAUCCUGCCAGCAUAAAUACCAACCUUACCAACAGUAACAGCACAGCAGUCACAGCUGCCAGCAAAAAGACCAUCGUCCAAGUCACUCAAACGGUGACAACGCCGACUACAACUGCCACUCAGCAGAACAUCAACAAUAAUAACGUCGAGACUGCCCACUGGCAGUCCACUCACCCGACACUGCGAGAGAGGAAUGCUUUGAUGUUCAAUAACGAACUCAUGGCAGAUGUUCAUUUUGUUGUGGGUCCGCCUGGCGCAUCCCAGAAAGUUCCAGGGCACAAGUAUGUGCUGGCAGUGGGGAGUUCUGUUUUUGGUGCCAUGUUUUACGGAGAUCUAGCAGAAGGAGACUCUGAGAUUCAUAUUCCUGACGUGGAGCCUGCUGCUUUUUUAAUUCUUUUGAAGUACAUGUACAGUGAUGAGAUUGAACUUGAUGCGGACACAGUGCUGGCCACUCUGUACGCUGCCAAAAAGUAUAUAGUGCCUGCACUGGCUAAAGCCUGUGUCACCUUUCUGGAGAUGAGCCUGGAGGCCAAAAAUGCCUGUGUGUUGUUGUCCCAGAGUCGACUGUUCGAAGAGCCUGAGCUGACCCAGCGGUGUUGGGAGGUCAUUGAUGCUCAGGCCGAGCUGGCGCUUCGCUCUGAGGGUUUCUGUGAGAUUGAUCUUCAAACAGUGGAGAUCAUACUAAAGCGAGAGACUCUAAACACCCGAGAGGCGGUGGUCUUCCAGGCGGCUCUCGAUUGGGCUGUGGCUGAAUGCAAAAGGCAGGGACUGGGACCAAUCUCUCGUAAUAAAAGGGCAGUGCUGGGCAAGGCUCUCUACUUGGUUCGCAUCCCAACCAUGACCCUGGAGGAGUUUGCCAAUGGAGCCGCACAGUCAGAUGUUUUAACGCUGGAAGAGACUCAUGAUGUCUUCCUGUGGUACACGGCAGCCAAUAAGCCCAAGCUGGAAUUCCCAAUGCAGAAAAGAAAGGGUCUGACGCCACAGUGCUGCCAUCGUUUCCAGUCCUCAGCUUACCGUAGUAACCAGUGGCGCUACCGCGGACGCUGCGAUAGCAUCCAGUUCGCGGUGGAUAAGAGGAUCUUCAUUGCAGGGCUUGGCUUGUACGGUUCCAGCGGUGGAAAGGCAGAGUAUAGUGUCAAGAUUGAACUUAAGUGCCAAGGCGUGACCCUGGCUCAGAACCUAACAAAAUUUGUUUCAGAUGGAUCCAGCAACACCUUCUCGGUAUGGUUUGAACACCCGGUCCAAGUGGAGCAGGACACCUUCUACACAGUCAGUGCCGUAUUGGACGGGAAUGAACUUAGCUACUUUGGACAGGAGGGUAUGACGGAAGUGCAAUGUGGAAAGGUGACCUUCCAGUUCCAGUGUUCCUCAGACAGUACCAACGGAACUGGAGUACAGGGGGGUCAGAUCCCAGAGCUGGUCUUCUAUGCCUAAAAUUGUCAGGACGUCCAUAUGGCAGUGCAUUCCGCUCACUGGAAUUAAGAUGAAUUGAAUACAGGGUCUCUAGGAGGCUCUAGCCUUUAUUAUGUAGCAGCAGUGAACUUGAUGGUAAUGGCGCUUCAGAACCACAGUGGACUCAGAUGGAAGGAAUGUUCUUCAGCUUUAUUUAUUGCAAAAAUUAUAUAUUUGAUUUAAUUAUUGACGCUGCAGCAAGCAGAUCUCUAUACAGUAUAUAUAAAAAUGAAGAUAGUUGUACCGCUCUGAUAGCAGACGGAAGCCACUAGUGUGUCAUGUUUUGUACAUAACUUAUUUGUUUUCACCUUGAUGCUGACUGACAAAUAAAAUGUCUUGUAUUAGUGAUCAGCUUCUUGACCUGCAGAUUAUAAACGUUUUUGUGACUCAAAUCCAAAGUUGCUUUCACUCAUUCAUAGGCACUCAUGAAAUGCAUCAAAGAAUGAUGCUAUUCUACUCAAUCCUGAUUUUAGCAAUGAGAGAUUGAACUCAAUCUAUAUUUUCGAUGCCCAAAAAGUGUAUGGUAUAUACACCUUCAAAUAAAAUAA